CGCUGCAAUAUCUAAUUCGGCAGUAUCAAAUCGGAUUUCAUUCAAUACUUCAUUCAGUCCUCGACUUUCCCUGGAAGAAGUUCUUGCAAUUGGAACCAGUGGCAGUUCGUCAUGUACAGGAAAUGAAUACAACAAAGCUGCAGCAUAUCACAGCCUGAGAUAUUCCUGUUUACGCUUCCAAAGGACCAUGGGUUGCAACACAGGAAGCCCGGGCGUCAAACUCCAAUUCAUAUAAAACGACCAAGGAAUCUACUAUGGGCCUUAUCUCCACCUUAUCUCGACGCUUCAGUAUGAGCAGAUACGCAGGAAUUAUUCAUCACUCUCCAGACCAAGGCCUUUUGCAUUUGCCGCUUCAAGAGGUCGAUGUGAGAGUAUGGAUGGUCGAUAUCUCUGCGAGGGUUGUGCUCUCGCAAGUGUUUGAGAACGCAUCAGAUAGCCCUACCAGCCGGGCCAAAUAUGUAUUCCCUCUUCCAGCGAGCGCUGCCGCUUGUGCUUUUGAACUCGAGCAUGCCGAUGGCCGUGUUAUUGUCGGUGUCGCCAAGGAAAAGUCAGAAGCCGCACAAGCUUUCCAGAGUGCAAUGGAUGCUGGAAGGACUGCAGGACUUGUAGAAUGGGUGACAGACGACAUAUUCACAAUCUCAAUUGGCUCAAUUCCCGCUCGACAGAAGGUCACAGCAAGAUUGACAUUUGUAAUGGAUCUUUUAGAUGAGGGCAGACGGGACCAGGUCCGUCUACAGCUUCCGAUGACUAUUGCCGAACGAUACGGCGAGACCCCAGCAGCUAUGCUCGAUGCGUCUACAACUAAUGAAAAUACGUUCAUCAAAAUCGCUGUGGACAUCAUAACAAGUGAAAAGAUACAGGAGAUACGCAGUCCUACUCACCCGACGAUUGCUCGCAAACACUACAAGUCACGCACCGGAAAAAAGUCUGAACGACGGAUGUUUGUAACUUGGUCGUCCACGACGUUCCUCGACAAAGACUUCGUAUUGACAGUCCAUGCUCUUGGACUCGAUAAGCCCGGUGGUCGUAAUACCAUUGCUAUGCAGCUCUCCUUUGUACCAAAGUUCAAAAUUCCUCCGCUGAAUUCGCAAGAGUACAUUUUCGUGAUCGAUCGAAGCGGAAGCAUGAGUGGAGCCCCGAUGGAAACAGCUAAGCGCACGCUGGAAAUGCUCCUUCACCUUUUGCCAGAUUCACAGACGACUUUCAAUAUUUUCAGCUUUGGAAGCAAAGUGGACGGUCUGUGGAGGAAAAGCGCGUCGUUUAAUGAGGCGGAAAUGCGUCGUGCGAUUUCGAGUGUGAAGGGCAUGGAAGCAAAUUACGGAGGGACAGAAAUUGCGGAGGCCCUUAAUUUUGCUAUCGCGUCACGUAACUGUGACCGCCCGACUGCUAUGUUUGUUCUCACUGACGGCGAUAUACAUGCUUCCGCAAGACUUGACCCAUUCACGGUUGUCUCUAGAGCUGUGAAAGGCUGCAAGGUCAAUGCACAACUGAGGGUAUUCACUCUUGGGAUCGGUGAACAAGUCUCAUCUGAUUUGUGCGAGCGCCUUGCUCGUGAGGGCGAAGGCAAAUGUCUGUUAGCUGUCCAAGCCGAGGAUAUCACAGGGAAAUGUGCAAUGCUUCUCAACGCUGGUCGGACACGUGAGAUCGAGAGUGUCACAGUUGAUUGGCAUGGUUCGGGGAGCCCGCCAGCUGUCAAUUUUUCACCCUUGAAUCACCACCACCCGCUUCCGCCCAGCGUUGUGCAGCUAGAACCUUCUCCUUCGAUGCAACAAGGGCCGCCAACAAUCACAAGUAUAUUCCCUGGAAUGCGACUCAAUGUUUUUGCAAUCACUACCUUUAGUUCGGUUCCUCGCAAAGUCAGGUUGAUUGCGAAAAUCAAAGACUUGGGAGAGGUUCUCGAUGAUCUCGUGCCUGUCAUGGAGGUGAAACCAUUCAAGGACGAGUGGUCGUUCAUUCCACUCCUGCAUACCUUAGCUGCACGACAACUCGUGAAGGACUUGGUGGAGCUUAGGGCUCCUCUUCCCAAACCCAUCGCACCUGCUUCGGAUGAGGACAUUCGAAAAGCAGCGAUCGUUCGCUUAGGGCUUGAUUACCAGCUUGUUAGCAAGCACACAUCCUUUUUUGCUGAAGAGUCCGGAAAAGAGACGACAAGGGGGUCACGCGGGUCAAUGUCAUGGCAAAAGUCUCGGCGGCAGCAUAGCCACGCUGAUGUGUCCACUGUGCAGACCGUUUUGGACAGCUUGUCUCAGGCGGUUUAUUCGGUGUUCAACUUCUUCUUUUCUGAUCCUCCCCCCGCACCUCGAAGACGUCAGACGCAGCUUCCCGGCGCGUAUUAUUCCGCUGCACAAUCCCGCUCGGGCUCGCCAUCCAUUCGGAGUGAAUAUUCAUAUCGACACGACAACUCAAGCACGGACACGUUCUCUACAUUAAGCUCCUUAGAAGGCUCUUACACGAGUUCUCGAUGGUCUUACUCUCGGCCGUCCAGUCCUGUACCUCCCCCAGAAGACCCAAUCCAGCGUGUACCAUCGCCAGUCCUCAAUGUCACGCCACAGGUACAUCAUGCAGCACCUCCACGUAUUGCAGCACCCGUGCCAAAGGAAGCGUACGCCAUCAUCUCGCUGCAGAACUUCGAUGGCUCUUUCACGCCAUCGGCUCAAUUGGGGGCGCUUGUGGGCAUUGAUACAUUGGCCAAAGCAACAGAACUACAGCUCGAUGCGACUGUAUGGGCAACUGCAGUUGUUGUUGCGUACCUGAGGCAUCAUUUGGGUACGCAACAGGAUUUAUUGGAUGCGUUGAUGAACAAAACUCUGGAUUAUGUUGAUGGAAGGGCUGCGAAUUUGCUCAUAGGACGUGAUUUUUGGGACUUCGUGAGAAUUGCGGAGGAGUCGGUGAGUUCGUGAUGAGUUUAUUUCCUGACUCCUGCCGCAAGUGGGAGAGCUAUGAUCUGUAUCGUGGUACGUACCUUGAAUGGGUAUCAUUCUCUACUAUCCAGUUACUCGAUUGAUUAUAUUCCUAUUUGUACUAAGAUAUACCUUAUGAUAUGUACUGCGAAAAAUCUGAGUUGUUUGAUUUAUAGGAAUGAAUAUCUGCAGACCUAGGCUCUAGUGGGGAGUUCAUGACAAUGUACAGUAGCGCAUGCGAUUA